UAAAGUCUAAAAUUGGAUGCAGUAAUACGUUCAAAAUUGAUUGCAACCACCAAACUUCCUAAUUUCUCAAUCUUUUCGAAUUUUUAACUCCACUAAGUCGCAGCGAUAUACGCUGCUUAUAAUCAAAUGGAUUGCAAAACCUUACAACAAAGGUAUAUUGACGCUUGUAAGAGGCAUGGAAUUUUACCAUACAAAAGCAUAAUCUUUAUGGGUAGUAUGAAGAGUUCCCAAAAUGAGACAUGUAUUCUCGAGUUUUCCUUGGACCAUCUGAAGGAUUGUGAUUUUCUCCCUCUUUAUGAGCUGUUCAUGGACAUUGAUGACUCUCUCAUUUAUGAGGUUGAUAUCUAUAACAAAACCUUAUGUAGCAUGAAUGGAGGUUACCUAUUGUCUCUAUUGCGUGCAUUGAACAAGAAGCUUCGUGCUGUUCACUUGAAUGAUUUGUCACUUGAAAGGGGUUUCUUAAGGGAUUUACUGAAAAGGGGUUUAACAUGCAAAGAGUUAAACCUGAGAUCUUCGUACCUUAGGCAACUAAAUGUCACUGGAAGUUAUUUGCAACUUCAAACUCUUAACCUUGACUUUAAUACUUCCUUAACUAGCUUCCAAGAAAGUUGUUUUUCUUGUAUGCCAAUUUUGAAACACCUCUCAGUGUGUGCAACAAGAGUUUCUAAUCUUUGGACAACUGGGGCUGCUUUGUCAAAGCUUCCUUCUCUAACUGAACUUCGUUUUCAGAAUUGCUUAUGCUGUAAUAAUACUGGUCCUUGUCCUAAAUCAUCUGCUCAAAGAACGCAAGAUAAUAAUUGGAAUGGAUAUUAUGAUGAUUUAUAUACAAGAGCAUCAUCAAGACACAAUCUUCUUCUUAAUCAGCCUCAUUCAUACUCAGAAGAGAUGCUUCAGGAUACAUCUGUAAUUGAAGAUCCAAGUUUUAGUGAAAAUUCUCACUGGCCAAGAGAACAUUUCUUAGAAGACUAUGAAGUUGAUGCACCAAAUUACUAUGAAGCGCUUAGUUUUCCCGAUUCUUUGUCCAAUGCUCUUCACAACUUUGAUCUUUUGAUCAACAAUGCGUUUCCUUUGGGGAUGCUUUCAACUGAUGAUGGAGAUUUCUCAGCAAGUAGUAUUUACAGUAGUCAAGCUCAAUCUUUAGAUGUUUCAGAGAAAAGAAAGUACUUGACUCAUCAUCCUUCACCAAUCUGCUUUGAGAAACAUUACAGGGAUUACAUCAUAGCUUCACUUCCUCAGCUGCAGGUUCUAGAUAAUUUGCCUGUAAAUGAUACUGACAAAGAAAGUGCAAAGUUUAGAAUUUUGAAAUGUUUUGAGUACUUGCCUUACAGAAGAAAGAAAAAAGAAAGUGUUGUUAGCAUCUUAAAAUAUCGUGAAACCAAUGGUAGCCAGACUUCUUCGCGUAAACAAAAGACAUCCUGUUUGCAUGUGAGGUCUCCUCAAUAUCAUUGUAGAUCUCUUGGUGCUGCUAGAGUGGGUGCUUCUGCAUGGCCUUCGUUGCAUCCUCUUUCAACUUCUGGUUGUGUUUUUGGGGAUGAAAAUAAAAGUUUCCGGCCCAGGCAAUUCGAGUACCAUCCAUCUGAUGCUGGCUUAAUGGCCUUUGGAACUCUUGACGGUGAAGUUGUUGUUGUGAAUCAUGAGAAUGCUAAGAUCUUUAGUUACAUACCAUCUUUGGGAGCAAUGAAUAGCGUUUUAGGCCUUUGUUGGCUCAAGAAGUACCCCUCAAAGCUCAUUGCGGGGUCUGAUAAUGGUUCAUUGAGAUUGUAUGAUGUCCAACAUUGGCAAGCAGCAGUUACAGGAAGAAAUUUCAAUGCCAAUGGCUUUGCCUUCGAUGACUUUGAUCAACUUACUUCUGUUCAUGUCAACGCAACUGAUGAUUUAUUUAUUGCCAGUGGAUAUUCAAAAAAUGUUGCCUUGUACGACAUCAACACUGGAAAAUGCUUGAAUAUGUUUAGUGAUAUGCAUCAACAGCAUAUUAAUGUUGUAAAGUUCUCUAAUCAUUCUCCAUCUGUGUUUGCUACUUCAUCCUUUGAUCGAGAUGUCAAAAUGUGGGAUCUAAGGCAAGGGCCAUCUCAGCCUUGUUUUAAAGCAACAAGCGGCCACGGAAAUGUGAUGGUCUGUUUUUCGCCAGAUGACCUUUAUCUUCUUGUAUCAGCUGUCGACAAUGAGGUUAAGCAGCUUUCAGCAAUAGAUGGAAGGCUCCUGUUGGAUUUUGAUAUAGCUUCAACAGGAAGCUCUCAAAAUUAUACUCGUUCAUAUUACUUGAAUGGAAGGGACUAUAUUAUAAGUGGGAGCUGUGAUGAGAACGUUGUUCGUAUUUGCUGCGCUCAAACAGGACGAAGGCUUCGUGACAUAUCUUUGGAGGGUAGGGGAUCAGGUGCUUCAAUGUUUGUGCAGUCCUUGAGAGGCGAUCCUUUUAGAGACUUUAAUAUGAGCAUUUUAGCAGCCUAUAUGCGUCCAAGCUCGAAUUCUGAAAUCAUCAAGGUGAACUUGCUGGCAUCAAGUGACAGCAGCUCUGACCCCUCGGAUGAUGAGACUUAUCUUCCAUCCUUUGGUAUGGGAGGCUGAUGUAUCAUGUAUGUUCCUCCAUGUCACUUCUUGUAAUAUCAUCUCUGUUUAUAUAAAUUGUAAUGUUAAAUAGCUGAUUUUAGAAUAAUUAAAGCAUCACCAGGUAUAUCUAUGUACAUAUUAAAGUUAUCUAAGCUCCUGUCUUAAAUUAUAAUUGCUUUCAGAAUUUCAGGUCUUA